UUAGAAACAUUACCUAGAGCUCUGGCUAGGGAAAACUGGUACCCAGAAUAACGAGAACUAUACUAGCAGUAAGACCAUGCGGAAUCACUGGCUGGCAGGAGCUGUGUCUGCCGCUCGGUUUGUUUUAGUGCAUCAGAAGAAGCGAGUGGGUUUAGUCUUAAUUCCUCGCCGUCUCUCUAAUCUCUGCAAUAGACGUGAUACACUUGACUAGCGCAUCAACUCUGUCCCAGCCAUGUGCUUGCGAGAGGGAUUUUCAGAUUUAGUACUAUGAAAGGUGGACCCAGAUGUGCACACGAGAGGAUUUAAGAAAGAUGAAGGCACCAAUGCGGCAUGGGGUAGCAGUGUUUCUAGUGAUUACCAUGUGUACCAGCUUGUUGAUUGUGUACAACAGCAGCUCCCACAGAGCCCCGCAUCAUCCACAGAGAAAGGAACCAGAACCCGGGAAUAUUACCACCAAGCCACAAAAGAUCAUCGUAGCACCAGCUUUACAGGGAUACAUCAGCAUCAUAGAUCACAAGCCUCUGAAAAUGCAUUGUAACAGCUGUGCACUGGUAACAAGCUCUGGACAUCUUAUUGGGAGCAACCGUGGUGCUGAGAUAGACCAGACUGAAUGUGUCAUCCGAAUGAAUGACGCGCCGACAAGCAACUACAGGAAAGACGUGGGUCAGAAGACCAGCCUGCGUGUCAUUGCACAUUCCAGCAUGCAGCGGAUUGUACGGAACCGCAACGAGCUUUUAAACAUGAGUCAGGACUCGGUGUUCAUUUUCUGGGGACCCAGUAACUACAUGAGGCGGGACGGGAAGGGGCUGGUCUACAACAACCUGCAAGUGAUAAAGCAGGUGCUGCCCAAGCUGAAGGUGUCCAUCAUAUCACGACAGAAGAUGCAGCAGUUGGACGAACUCUUCAAAAAAGAAACUGGCAAGGACAGGAGGAUUUCAAACACUUGGCUCAGCACAGGCUGGUUCACCAUGACAAUAGCCCUGGAGGUGUGCGACAGAAUAAAUGUCUAUGGUAUGGUUUCAUCCGACUUCUGCAGGCAGCCUCGUCGUCUUUCAGUACCUUAUCAUUACUACGAGCCUUCAGGACCUGACGAGUGCACAAUGUACCUCUCACACGAACGGGGGCGCAAGGGCAGCCAUCACCGUUUCAUCACAGAGAAGCGUGUUUUUGCCAACUGGGCACGGACUUUCAAUAUUCACUUUUACCAGCCAAACUGGAGCCCGAAAUCUGACAACCAUACGGUAAUUCGGACAGUAAUUGUGCCAGCUUCAUGAAGGACACAUGGCUGUGUUAUUGCUUUGUAUCCCUCUAACAGAAAAGCCACUGGAUUAUGUGAAUUGGAACUCUCACGCAAUGCCCCAUCUGUUACUAAUCUCUCAAGACCAUUCUCCAAUCAGAUGACAUUUGAAAAAAUUGCCAUUUUUAUGGACAUUCAUGGGACUGAAAUAUACAGAUGAACUCAAUUCCACAUCCAUAUGGCCUUUGGAACCAGUUUGUUUUUGUAUAAUUUCAGAUUUUCCAAAUGGAAUCUUUUAGACCAUGUAACAUUGUUGUUUCUUCACCCAAGAAGCAAAAUAGAUUUAAUUAGUUUGCAGGUGAUUAAUGGUGCUCUAUUUAUUACCCUUUUAGGCUGUCUGCACCAAUAUAGCUAUUUGAUGUAUUACAGCUAUGAGGUUACUUGUGUUGCUUAUUGUGUAACUGCCUUUGCUAAAUUGUAUAUUUCCCCGGAGCUAAAAUUAUUUUUAAAAAAAAUGGCAAGGAGGGUCUAUCAUCCUCUUUUCUGGUACAAUUGGGGUCUCAAUUAUGUGCCUGCAUAAGCUGCAAAUAGUUUCCACCACACAAAAAAAUAGCUCAAUUAUCUAUGCUAAUAAUUGUCCAAAUUUUGAGUAAAUACUAUAAAUAAAUAAAUAACUGAAACAUCAAUAACACCUUAAAGGGAAAGCGGCACAUAACAUAUGAAUAUGAACCAUGGAGCCCUUUUCUGAAAAUAAGGUUUAACAUUUUUCUUUAGGUUUGUUGCUCAUAAGGGACUGAGGAAAGGCACCGAGGUGAGCCUCACAGCAGCCCAGUUUAGCAUUCUGAUCAUUUACCUAUUUGCGGCUCGCAGAGGUGGCAAUGCAAUUUAAGAAGUUAUCUUUUUCAUGGUCACGAGGAUUCAAACUGAAUAAAAAUCUCUCCCCUGGGUUGCUGAAUGGUGUAGUUAGGAUACAUACAGUUUGUAUAGGGAGGGGUUAUGCCAUACUAAUAAGAGGUGUCAGGCACCAGGCGAUAGCAAAAUGCUUUUAUCCAGCUGCUAAAGAUGUAUGAUAAAUGUUUACCUUUUUUUUUUUUUUCAAUGCUCCAGUGGAUUAUUUUGCUUUUUUUUUUUUUUUUAAAUCAUGUGGACAGCAGCUAUAUUAGAAUUCAAGGUGAAAUGGUGCCCAAAAACAUCAUUACCUCAGUUAGGCAACUUGAGCAUGGCAUACAAGCAAAUUCGUGGAUCUUACGAAUGUACAACAUGGGAGCUAACAAUAAGUUCAGCCAGCAAAGAGAAAUUGCAUACUGGUAAGUGGUGCAUAUGGCCAUAGCAUGUACUGUCACUUCAUAAGUCACCAUGACGACCCUGGAAAUUUUCAAAGCACAUGAAGCGUAGCCAAUUCUAGAAAAAGGACAUCCCCCAGCGAUUCAUUACAUGCAACAACACAGGAAUCGAGAAUGGGUUGUUGAAUUAAUGCUGGAACAGUUCUUCAAUUGUAGUAUAAGUUUUGCAAGAUUGCUGCCAGUUAGUUGUAUGUUCAUUUGAUCAAUACAUCUGCUGUUGUGCAAUGCUAAAUUGGCCUAUUGUAUAAAUAUAUAAUUUUCCUUGUUACUUACUGUAAAUUAACAUAUACACACACAGAAAUUGUAACAUGCAAUUGCAGCAGUGUUUCUAAUGGUUUCACCUUAAAUUCAACACAACUUGGGCAUGGCAGUACAAGCAAGCACACACACACACACACACACACACACACACACACACUUGUUCAGUUUUGGGAAAAAGCCACCAAAGAAUUCAGUGAUGCAACAAUAUCACACACAAAUGUAAAAUGGCAUUUUCAUCUUGCAUUUUUGGCACGGAGGGUGCAAUAUGUACUUUAUAUAUUUAUAGAUAUUCAUGAAGACACAUCAAUUUGGCACCUCAAGCAGUGUGAUUAAUGGGGCUGCAAACCACUGUCAAAACACAUGCUGUGUAAUGCAAAGGAGAAAAUAAGUUUUCAAUUACUUACAUAUAGGAGUUCCCUGCAAUUCCAUAUGCUUUGAGCUUUCAGAACCAAACACAUAAUUAACGAGUCAACAAAAAUGAAAUGCCAUGUAAAUACUGCAGAUUAAUGAGACUCCAGUCAAAUGAUAAAUGAUAUUUCAGGCUUUCGUGUCUGCUCUGUUAUUAAACAAACCCAUUCAUAUCCACCAUUAGGGAACAUUCACAGCAGUUACAUUACACUCCUGUUGGUAGCCAGAGCAGAUAUAUAAUCUGAACCAUGCCUUCAUAAUAAAACACAUUCACUAAAAGCAUAAAAAACAAAGACUAUACAAGGCAUUUCUGUCAUGGUAUUUAUGAACUGUAUCCAAACAAAUCACUUGUUUGAAUAGGUUCUGCCCAAAUGUAUUUGGACUGGAGAUCUAAAACAUGUAGCACUUAGAAAAAUAAAUGUGAAUACUUUUCAAUGCUAAAAUGGAAUAAACAAAAUGCAAUACUGUGUUGGACUUUAGGAAGCGUGAUAUGUACUUGUGCAAUUACUAGUGUGUUCAUAUAAUGUUAAGCAUUUUUUUAUUCCUUAAAUGCCAGCUUUCAUCUAGGGUCAAAGUAGAUAAUGUUUUAUCUAAUUACAUGUGUUGGUUGCUAAAUAUGGUCCUAUAGUAAAAUAAGGACUAUUUUUAUUUGUUUUAUGACACACUAGUAAAUGCACAUAUCUUGCUCCCUAAAGUCCAACACAGUAUUGCAUUGCUGUGGUUAACAGUGCCUACAUUUUGGAAUAACUGUAAAGGACAAGACUAGAGAUAACUUUUUCUGUGUGAUUCUAAAAAUAAACCCCAAGGCAAAAUGAUAUUGAAUUCCUCUAUUACUUGUAGUUUUUGUAGGUCCUUCUUGGACUUAAGAUUUUUAAUAAAAGUUCCUACUCAUCAUUCAAGGAGUGUGCUACAUUCCUAUUGCCCUGGGGAAAAAACAAGGUUACUCAAUCAGGCAGGUUUUGUUGUUAUUUCAUCAUACUGCAACUUUAGGAUCAGAAAUUCAUAUUCCUCUUUUGUUACGAAUAAAACACUAUCUAUAUAUAUAUAUAUAUAUAUAUAUAUAUGUAUAUAUGUAUAAUGCUAAUGUUGUGCAUUUUAUACUUUUUGCUGCUUUAUAUAUUUUUUAAACUAAUAACUGUGAUGUUUUGGUGUAAAAAGCUUUUAGAAUGUAUCCCAUUGUGUCUUUUUCUAAAUGUAAUUUCUAUGCUC